CUACAUUCUCUGCAAAUGGUUUGGUUUCUGUGCUUAUAUCUAAUAAAAAUGGCAAAUGUUGCUGUGCAAAGAAAAAAAGAUGAGAGUUGUCCAAAAUUUUGCUUCGCUUUGCUGGAUUUCGCUUCGAUGUGAACGUACUCAUACAACAGUAUUCAUCGAACUUCGUAUUCAUCAAAACAAACGUCUGAAAUACGUUCAUUAUCGGAAAAUUCUCUUUUGGUGUAACUUUGUGCGUUCACAUGAGCUAAAAGAGUCCAGCAACUCAAAUCGAGUUUUUCUAUUAUUCUUUUUCAUAAAUUUUGGGCAAAUAUUUGUGCGGUUCGGCUACGCGCUAUUUAGAGUGUAUUACAUAUUUAAUUUUAAUGUUGGGAUGGUGGCCUCUAAUUUUGCUUGCAGGGAAUGUGGUAGAACAAUGUUCAUAAUACCGGCUUAAUAGUUUCAAAGAAAUACUUAAGUCAGGAAUUCCCUAAUCCACCAGAAUAUAUUGAAUACCCGCUACUAAUAUUUUCAAGGCCAAAUUUUUAACAGGAAUUUCCUAAUUUUUUUGGAAGUAUUAAAAAUUCAUACUUUUUUGACUCCGUAUUGUUUUCUAUUUAUUAUAAAACAACCUUGAAUUACUUACAAUUCCUGUUUUAAAUUUCAAAAAUUUAGCAGACUGGCAUCAAUCUCGAGAUUUUGUAGUAAUUAAAAUAUAAACAUGAAUAUAUUUGAAAUAUUCUUAAAAUAACUAAAAAUAACAGUCGAAUGCAUUUAUUUAUAAAUAGGUAGACUAUUUUUAAUAGUUGGAUUUUAGUUUUGAGCUUUUACAUUAUGAAAAAUUUUAACUAGAAAACUAAAUGUGUGAAAAGUCGUGUAUACAAAUAGAACAAUGGCAACAUUGGUGAAAUGAAAACAACUGAUUUCUACGUUGCAACUACGGGCAUAACUUUUGACAAAUUUGGUUUGAUAAGGGCGCGAUGUGCAAUUAACCCAUUAUUUAACCGAUAGUUGGGUUGCGCAUGCUUAUUAAUCGACUUCAUAGCAAGCAACCCCAACAGCUGUUUGACGUUGGUUAUAAAAUAGCGCUGUGAAAUCGCAAAUGAACAAAUGCGGAAAUUCUUCCUAGUUAGAGAAACUGCUGUGUAUGAAUGUUACACUGAAGAAAGGAAACACAAACCUAUUUUGUAACGGAGUUGUAAAGCACAUUGAUUAGUAAACAGCUUAUCCAUAUAAAGCUGUGAGUGACAAAAUGGUCUUAUGUAAGGAAUAUCGCAUUUGCAUGCCGCUUACAGUGGAGGAGUAUCGCAUUGGACAGCUGUAUAUGAUUGCUCGCCACAGUUUGGAACAAUCUGGAGAUGGUGAAGGAGUUGAAGUGGUGGAGAGUUAUGAAUGUGAAGAUCCCGUGCAUGAAAAGGGACAUUACACAGAAAAGCGCAUAUACCUAUCAAGUCGUUUACCAUAUUGGAUACAAGCCGUUUGUCCGCGUGUAUUUUAUGUCACAGAAAAGUCUUGGAAUUACUAUCCUUUCACAAUAACAGAAUAUACCUGCUCCUUCGUACCCAAAUUAAGCAUAACAAUCAAAACUAAAUACGAGAAUAAUAAUGGCUGCUCAGAAAACUGUCUCGCACUCAGCGAAGAGGAAUUACAAGCACGCUUAUUGGAGGAAGUCGAUAUUGCAUUCGAUGAGCUUUCCAAUCAGAAUCACUAUAAAAAAGAGGAAGAUCCCAAAUUUUUCAAAUCUGAGAAAACAGGUCGCGGUCCACUCAUCGAGGGCUGGCGCAGCAUAGAUCAGCCUAUUAUGUGUUCCUACAAACUGGUAAAUGCCUCCUUCGAAGUUUGGGGUUUACAAACCAAGGUAGAAGACUUUAUACAGCGUAGCAUACGCGAUGUUCUGUUGUUGGGUCAUAGGCAGGCAUUUACAUGGAUUGACGAGUGGUAUGGCAUGACUUUGGCCGAUGUGCGUUCAUUUGAAAGACAAAAGCAGGCUGAAACAAAUGAGAAAUUAAAAGCAACCGGCUAAAAUUGAUAUGUAAAAGCAACACGUGUCUAUACUAAUGUGGUUUAGUUUCCUAAGAAAGCGCUUAAAACAAAGCAAAUUAGAGUUUAAGAAGUGAAAGCAGAAAAGAUAAAAAAUGUAAGGCGGUUAAUAUAACCUCGGAGUUAUCACAAGAUAAUGCUAGAUAGUGCAAAUUUUUGCUUAUGGAGCUCGAAAGACAUAAAACACAUAAUUACUCAGGAAAUUUGAAAAUAAAACAAAAUAUUACUGAUAUCUUCCACAUUGAAUAUAUUAAGUAAAAAUUCAUUAUUUAAUCACAUAUAUCAAAUCAGAUAAUAGUAUAUUUCGUUACUGUCACACACGCAUUUAACUUCGCGAUAUUUUUUCCAAUAUUAGUUUCGAAAGUGAGACAAUUUUUUUAAAAUUAUUUUUGCUCUUUAAAUACAUAAACUUUCCGAAAUAUAGGAUUAUUUUGAAAAUAUGUUAUGUAAGUACAUGCUUAGCGCAGAAAUAACUUCAGUUUUGAAAUAAGUGCUCAAACAAAAUGAAUUGUUGAAUUAUUUUGAGCCAUUACUGAAAUAAACAAAACCAAAAUGUUAGUUAGUUUGAAUAUUAUGUACUAGCAAAAUAAAUGUAUGUCCAUAUAUGUCCAUAUAUUAUUUUUAGUAAAAGCAACAAAUAUAAAUACA